AUGUCGCCAGCACAGUAUGCCCCUCUCCCAAACCCACGCUCAGCUCCCGGUGACGCCGAACGCGAGAUGGACGAUGCCUUCGACGACGAUGACGACGGUCAUGACAACGACCAUGAGUCAACUCCAUUAACUACCCAACACCACAGCGGAUCCGAUAGCGACGUCCCCGCGCCCUCUCACACCGGAAUAGGAGCCUACGACUUUGAACGAGACUACGAAUGGGCUAGACCUCCUCCCGGCUCUCCCCCUCCACCCACAUCCCUUGCUCUUCCUUCGAACGGUAUUGGAAACUCGAACGGAUACAUCCCUACGACCGUCGUGAGACCUACUCCUCGGUCUUCCGCUAUCUCAUCUAUCUCCAGAGCACUACGUCCAUUGUCGAUUUUCGGCAAGUUGAUUCCAUCAAAAUAUCAGCGUCUGCCGAGCGAUGAGGAAGGGGGUGUGGCUGGCGCACAAGUGAGAGGAGGACUGAGAGGCGGUGGGAUAGAGAAUGAUGGUGUGUUCGCGAAUGUGUCGGCCAAGCCUGGAGGCCCUAUUGCGGUUAGGAUGGAGAACGGUGAUAUUCAUAUGGUGCCCGAGGUAGUACAGGCUUUGGCUCCCCCGUCGUAUGCAGCUGCUCAACUCGAUGCUACUCCGGCGUAUUGGGAAAACACCGUUCACGCACCUUCAGGCGACCUUUCUUCAACCAUCCUCAUAGAUGAACUCCCCGCAGGCACUGUCCUCUUCUUCUUCGCGACCACCGCCGUAUCAUGGUUCUUCCACCUUCCAGGUUUCCUACUCACCUAUCUGUUGUCUUCAACGCACGCGGGGAGAUACGGCUCACAAAUGGGAUUAGCGUUGACGUUGAUCGAAUGGGGUUUCGAGGCGAGCAAAUGGUCGGCGAACGGUGCUGUUGAUGGAGGGUUCGGCAUCGGACUCGGAGGGGGUGAUGACAGUCAAAGGGGACAGGACGGUGGAGGGGACGGAGACCGUGCGGGGGAUUGGCAGGACGGGAAUACGGGCGGUAUGGAUGAAACGACGCCGACUUCGACGAUGGGAUGGGAAGGGUUGCCUGGGUUGCACUUCACAAACGAGACGUAUGAUUAUAACGAUGACCAGACCAGUACUGCAUUGGCAGGCCGGAAAUGGGUCGCGUUCGUCUUGAUGGCUUUAGGUUGGUUCCUCCUCCUGAUAUCAAUCAUCGGCUUCGUCCGCGUUAAACGCUACGAACGCUCCAUCCUCGCCUCGCGCAACGCUUCCUCGACCCAGUCCUCCACAUCACAAGCCCAACCCACCCCCGAAGACGUCUCCCAUGAUCUUCUCCUCCGUCGCAACCUCGAAGAAGUCUUUGGCAUCCCCCUGAACACCCGGCAUCGUCAAUCUCGGUCCGAGACCAUGGCGAGGAUGGACGACGAGCAGGAGCGGAUCCAGAGGAGGAUGGCGGCUAUUCUUGUGAGGGAGCGCGAGGUGGGUGCACAAGCGGCGAGGGAGAUGGAUGCGGGGGAGGCGAGGGCGCUGGGGAGGUUGCAGGAGGAGGCGAGGUUGGAGAGAGAUUUGGUGGCGGCUGGGUUAUUGUGA